CAAAAUGGAUGCGGACAUGGACGGUACGAAUUCCUUUAUCUUUUACCAUGCCUCCUACCACUCGUAGUUCCGCAGAUGACCUUGACGCUUCCUUGAUCUCACAAUCCUUAAACCCCGAUGGGACCCCCAAACGUCCCAUGAAUGCUUUCAUGAUCUUUGCACGCAGAAGGCGACCUCAAAUAUCAGCAGAGAAUCAGUCUAUGCGCACUGGUGACAUAAGUAAGAUACUUAGUCGAGAGUGGAACUCGAUGGACCCGUCAGAAAAGCAAUUUUACUUGGACCAAGCCAAACAAUUGAAGGACAACUUUAACCAGAAGUACCCGGACUAUGUUUACAGACGCAGACCCAACAAUAGUAGGAGACGUAGGAAGACGGAUGCGGCUAUCGGACCUUCGUCGGAGUUGCAUUCUACCGCCGACGAUUGCAUCCCAGAUGGCCAAGAUCCUUCGUCCGUUGACACGGAUGAACCCCCAUACGGCGUUCAAGACAACUGUUACUCGACCGUUACAGCUGAGGCACCUAGUGAUCGUUACGUGGCACCUCGUACCAGGGAAUCCACCCAUCCUCCUGGCGAUGCACUAGUUUAUCGGCCACCAAGUGACAUACCCUAUCACCCCUCUCACCACGGGCGAUCUUCCGAUGUUGCCUUGCGAUUUCCUAUGCAGGCUCCUGCUGGCGCGCUGGAAUCGACACCUCUCUACCAGCCCUACCCACCACCUCAAAUACACCCACCGUACUUUUCUGGACCAAGUGGCGAGGGUGAGGGUUGGCCAUCAUCCUCUAGAGGGGAAUCGGCGCGCAUCCAUGUUCAAAACUGGCCGAGUGGUCGGGGACCCGUGCACUCCGGAGAGGACGGCCGCCAUGGAUACGAGCAACAAGUGCCCUCUCACCAGUGGGUAGGUGCAGGACAAUCCGAGUCCAGUGGACCACCCAGAGUCCAUCCAUCCUAUAACUUGCCAACACUCACCUCCGCACUCCUCCCGGUACAACGCAGUUCGCAGGGCAAUUAUUCCUCUCUUGUACCUUCACAACCCAUGGUUGCUGGUCAACAGUACCCCGCUGCCCCCGCAAUGCAAGGCAUUUCCCUGCAAGGUAGACCAGGCGACAGCUACGACUCCAUGGGUUAUCCUUCCCAACCUGCUCCACAGUCAAACUAUGUUUCAGUCCCCUCCUCAGCCAGCGGUCCCUAUCAGUCCGUCAGGAACGUCGUGUCCUCCUCACAACCUUUGACUAGUCAGUCUCGUGUACAUCCAUCUUCUGCCUCUGGCUCAGGGUUGGAUACCCCGCAACAGCAACACAGAUAUUGACCAAAGGGAGACUGCAGACGGCUAAAAAAUCUUCAUGGACUCUACACGCCUUUCAUUUCCACCGACCACAUUCUUUGUGAGAAUGCCAAGCUUUUCGCAUGCUAUCGCUGUUAGCACUUUCCCCUCACUAUUGCAUCCUGCAAUGUAUACUAUUGUCAAGUAUGUUCGACUGGUAUAUGGAUUAUGCAUGGGCUAUGCCUUAUCACUGCUAAUGAUCUGUUCUGUGGUAAUUGUGUAAUGUGUUCCUGGUACGCUGUGAGUUCUGAAGAUCUGAAGGCUGUCAUUUUUGUUUGGCAUCUGGGAAACAGCUACGCGACGCGGCUGUUGACAACUCUUUCGCACUUGAGCAAGCCCUCUCAUUGGCCA